AUGCUUUUGAACUGGAAGACAUUACGAACACCGUUACAGUUCCAAAUAAUGACAUUGCUAAAAUUAUGUAUUACCUGUCCUGUGUAUGUAGCUCUAUUUGAUUACAAUCAAGUUCGAGAUGAUUAUCUACUUAGUCUUCGAGAAAGAAAAAAUGGAAACAAAAUUCGACGUGUAGCGUGCGAUGUACCCCAAGUUGGUCAAGCAGUUCUGACCAAAGAAAAUUUGCCUAGAGGCUUGUGGAAGAUUGGUUUGGUUCAACGUAUAUUGCCUGGAGUGGACGGCGAAGUGCGGUCGGCGGUAGUGCGUACACCGAAGAGCAAACAAUUUAACCGAUCGAUAAAACUACUGUAUCCCUUAGAAUGUAUCAACAAAGGAGAAAAAGUUGUUGAAAAGGUAACAGAUAUUAACAAUGGCGAAGAAGAAGAAAAAGAACAAAUAAAAUUAAAAUCGAAACGCGGAACGGCCGAUCGCGCCCGAAAACCUAUUUCUGAACUUUUUCGCCGGGAGUGUCGCGCCCAGCGCGAUUUUGAUAACUAA